CGGCGCCGCACGUGUGGCGCCUCUUAUCGAACACCGUUUACGUUGCAGAUGCCAUACUGCCGCUAGAGCGAUGCCCGCCGAGGAGGAACCCGCGGCGAUGGAGAGCCGGGACGCCGAUGGCUCGCCCCAACAAUUCUGCCUGCGCUGGAACAACUACCAGAGCAACUUGGCCAACUGUUUCGACCAGCUCCUCCAGACCGAGUCCUUCGUGGACGUCACGCUCGCGUGCGAGGGCCAGAGCCUGAAGGCGCACAAGGUGGUGCUGUCGGCGUGCAGCCCCUACUUCCAGUCGCUGUUCAUGGACAACCCCUGCCGGCACCCGAUCAUAAUAAUGCGCGACAUAAAGUACUGCGACUUGAAGGCGGUCGUGGACUUCAUGUACCGCGGGGAGAUAAACGUGUCGCAGGACCAGAUCUCGGCGCUGCUGAAGGUGGCCGAGACGUUGAAGAUCAGGGGCCUGACCGACGUGAGCGGCGAGCAGGCCGUGCUGCGGCCGGGAGGCGUGGAGCGCGGGUCCAAGCGGCCGCAGAGCCGCGAGCCCGACUCGCCGGCGAAGGCGCGGCGCCGCUCGGGCGAGCGCAGCCCGGGCCCGAGCCCGCGCCGCUCGCCCAGCACGCCCAGCGCGCCGCCGGAGCUGCCGCCGGACGCCGCGCACGCCGCGCCCGCCGGCCCGCCGCUGCACGCCGACGACGUCGACAUCCGCCCCGGCAUCGCCGAGAUGAUCCGCGAGGAGGAGAGGCCCAUGGACGCUUUAGUGAGGGCUGGGCUUCCCAUGACGGCUGGCGAGCUUGCCUUACCCCACGCCAGCGACAUGCGGGCAAAGCUUCUGGAGAAUUCUCAUGCUUGGCUGGGCGCAUCCACCUCUUCUAUUGCAGCAGACAGCUACCAAUACCAGCUGCAAUCCAUGUGGCAGAAGUGCUGGAACACCAACCAGAGUUUGGUCCACAACCUGCGUUUCCGCGAGCGCGGCCCGCUGAAGUCCUGGCGCCCAGAGACCAUGGCCGAGGCCAUCUUCUCUGUGCUGAAAGAGGGACUCUCGCUGUCCCAGGCUGCUAGGAAGUACGACAUCCCGUACCCGACCUUCGUGCUGUAUGCCAACCGAGUCCACAACAUGCUGGGGCCCAGCGCCGAUGGUGGUGCAGAUUUGAGGCCGAAGGGGCGCGGGCGGCCGCAGCGCAUCCUGCUGGGCGUGUGGCCCGACGAGCACAUCCGCGGCGUCAUCCGCGCCGUGGUGUUCCGCGACACGCACGCGCCGCACGCCUCGCACCACAUCAAGGAGGAAGUGCUCCCCUACCCCUCGAUCACGGACGGCAUGAACGUGCCCAACGCGUACGGCAGCGUCGCGUGCGGCAACGGGCGCGAGGGCGGCGUGUCGCCGAACGCGGCCGCCGCCGCCGCCGUCGCCGCCGUGGCGCACGGGCUGCGCCGCCAGAUGUGCAACAUGGUGGUGGCGGCGCAGCGCCCGCCCGACCACCCGCCGCACCUGGGCCUGCCGCCGCUGCCGCUGCAGUCGCCGCGGCUGCCGUCGCCGCUCUCCGCCGGCCUGGAGUCGCCGCUCUGCUCGCCGCCGCCGCCCGGCCACGCUCUCGAGCCGCCGAAGCCCGCCGACCCGUUCCGCCCCUUCGCCUCCCCCCGCCCCGACAGCCGCUACGGUGAGCGCGACGUCGUCGCCGAGAUGACCGAGAUGGGCCCGCCCAAGACGCCGGUGUCGGUGGCCAAGAACGGCAAGGAGAUGUCGUCGCCGGUGCCGGUGAAGAUGGAGCCGCCGCCGGCGGAGGCGCGCGCCGAGAACAUCUGA